UGAAUUAGCCAUACAAGGUAUAUCAGAAUCGGUGUUUGUGGGACUGUGUCAUAAACUGGGGACUUCUCAACAGGUGGCCAUGAUGAGAGAUGUGAUGGACAUCACUGAGAUUUUGACAUAUCAAGUCAGUAGUGAUUCAUACUGUAGAAUACUAAGUGGAAGCUACAGAGAGGGAUUUAGAAUGAAGGGAUCGGAUAUAGACAGUAUGUUCUGGCGAAAUGAUGAACGAGUCAUUUGGGACAUUUCUCAGACUCGGUAUUACAACAGACAAAGAUACACAUUAAUCCUCUGUGAUUGUUCCGAUAGUCCUCCAGGAUUCUCUUUACUUCAGUGUUUGAUUCAAGCAGGCAGCAUAAGAACAUCAUCAAGCAUUAGAAUUUCAACGCGCUGGACUAUCGUUUCAGCACUUGUCAGAAGGAAUAGAAACAUUUUUAUAUCUAGCUCUCUUUACAGAGAAAUCGUCCGUUCACAACUAAAACCUAGCUCUACUCUACAUGGACCCUGCGCCAGUGGAAUUCAUGGUGGAUUAGAAUAUGAUCUUGCCCAUUGCUUUGCCUCUGACUUUUGGCCUCCACCUGCUGCAUCUUGGAUAGACAGAUGUCACUCAUGGCCCCAGCCUCGUGUUGUGCGCGAAAUAAUCAGAAGUGGAUGUCACUUUGUAGCAACUGGACACAAACUGGGCAAUUAUGAAGACCAUGAAUGGAGAAUUUCUUUCUCACGGGCAGAACAAAUACUUGUGUACUCAAUGAACCACACUCAAUUCUUAACUUAUGGAUUGCUGAAAUUGAUUUUAAAAGAAGUCAUAAACAAUGGAUUAGGAGAAGGGGAUAAACUACUAUGUUCUUACCACAUGAAGACAGCGGUUUUCUGGGUGAUUCAACGAAAUACUGUACCUCAUUGGUGUCCACAGAAUCUCCUGUUGUGUUUUUGGGAGUGCUUCAAACUUAUCCUUAAAUGGGUCUAUGAAGGGGCGUGUCCUAACUUUUUCAUUCCACAAAACAAUAUGUUUCUGUGUAGUAUCCAUGGUGAUAGGCAAAACCAAUUGUUCAUCAGGCUGCAUGCUUUGUAUGAGAAGGGCUUCAUAUCACUGCUACACAGUCCCUCCAUCUGGCCCUAUGUUUUAAAAGUUAUUUAUAACCCAAGACUUUCCAUUCGUACAGAUGAAGGCAACUUGUUAUCCGAGUUUGAAUUUGACUCUACAUCAUUUCAUUGUAUAAUUUGUGAAAAUGUACAAGGAAUAGAAAACCUGUAUCACUGUAUGAAAGGCCUAAGAGCUGUGGAACAGUUGAUAAAUACAUCCCUAAGGCCAAAUCAUGUUGUCACCUUACAGAAACACACGACCACCAUCCUUCAUGAAAUUGCCUUCAUAUUAAAUAACAUGUACAUCGAAACUUCUAGAAACAAAAUGAUGUAUAUUGCUGACAGAAUGUCCCAUCGCCUGCUAAAAUUAACAGGCAAGUUCGGUUGUACUUCUGAUAUGGUGUAUAUGGCCAUGUAUUACUACAAGACAAUGCGAUUUGUGGACGCAUUAUUCGUUAUUAAAAUGACAAAAGUCCUACUUUCACAUAAAACAAAAAUAUAUACAGAUAUGUACAAUGAAGCUUUUAGAGGGUUGUCCUUGACCUCAAAAAUGAGGUUUUUUACAAAUGCGACUGUCUACCUUAACAAUGACAUCUGUUACAUCAAUGAAUUAUUGCCUGAACAACUGUCCAGUAAACAAGAAGGACCGACUCAUUUGGCGAUCCCUGUACUGGUACUCUUAUACAUGCUGGAGAUUUUGUGCUACCGUCAUGUUGAUACAUCAAAAGUACAAACAAUUCUAUGUUAUCUCCAGAAUCUAGUAUACCAUCCUCAGAGGAUGUUCACACGGGAAUGUGAAGAAGACAUAUCAUGGCAGAUCCUAGGAAUCUGUUACCAGGUCACAGGGAAUCCACAGGCGGCUCUUUACGCGUAUCAACAGUCAUCACGUUCACGAGUAUCAUUAAAUUUAAUAAAACAGGCUUCACUGAUGAGAAUACAGAGUAUCCUUCAGUGA